CUGUUCCAAAAGGUGGAGGGAUUAUUCUACAACUUUGAAACCAGGCAUAAUAAGAUCUUCAUUACAAAUUAACUGCUCACGAUUACUGUUCCUGUUUAGUGAAUCCUGAUCAACUUUACUUCCCUAUAAAUUUAGCUUUACAAUGUGUGUAAACCAUUACCUUGUUUUAAACACUCCAGAAUUAACCAUGGCAGAUACCAAAGUAAAGUUGAAGCUUCUUGUUGACAAAGAAGCUAAAAUAGUCCUAUUUGCUGAAGCAGGCAAAGAGUUUGCAGAUUUUCUCUUCUACCUACUUUCUUUGCCUGCUGGAACUAUUGUCAGGCUCUUAGAAAAGAAAAACAUGGUGGGUUGUUUAGGUAAUCUUUAUGAGAGUAUUGAACAUCUCAACGAAACAUAUAUUCAGCCAAACCAAAACAAGAGCUCUCUUCUCAAUCCCAAAUCUCCAGUCUAUUCUACUGAUAUGCCCCUUUUGUUGUCUGAUCAUGAAUUGAAAGCUCGAAAUGUUUACAGGUGUCCAUACCACGAUUCGUAUGUGGCUGAAACUCCAAACGUGGUUUGUCCGCAGUGCGAGAGGAAAAUGGCCACUGAGGUUCCUUAUGUAAACACUAGUAGUAAUCCAGCGGGCAAAAGCACCACCGUCGCGGCUGAAAGAGGGUUCGUUAAAGCGGUGGUGACAUAUAUGGUAAUGGACAACUUGGAAUUGAAGCCAAUGUCUACUAUUUCUAGCAUCACCAUGCUAAACAGGUUUCAUGUUAAGGAUGUGCGUUCACUUGAAGAGAAGGUUGUUGAUUUUGGCGUUGAAGAGGGUCUGAAGCUGCUGAAGGCAUCUUUGGAAUGCAAGAAUGUAUUAACAAGUAUUUUCCUUGGAAAUAAUGGGCCACAAAAAGGAAGCUGUACCUGAAUUUCUGUAUCAGCUGCUGGGACUUGAAACUUAUCUUCUGGACAUGUUAAAUCGCUUUGUGUUUUCAAGCGUUUCAGAUAUUAAUUAAGCAAUAAGAUUGGUGUGUUUAAUUUAA